AGUGCUUCCUCGCGUGGGGCACGAGCAAGGUUCCCCAGACCGGUAAGAAUGAAAAAUUUCUCGGUCCCUCGCAUGUCAAGUUGAGUCAAGUGAAGCAAAAUCGAGUCAGCAGUGCAGUCGGUGGUCCAGCGUCGAAGUAAACGGUCUUGGUUCUAAUUAUCGAGCAACCGUGGGUAGGAGGGAGGGUUGUUCCUGCAUGUGUUUUUCGUUAUUUCGUUUGAAAACAACAACUUAAAAAAAAACUCUCCGCGAAUCAUCGAUUUUUGUGACUCUCGGUGCCAGAAACUGCAGCUAGUGACUUAAUUUUUUAGGUACGUACGUGUCAGGUAUCUGUCAGAAUUAUCUACAGGAAGAGUACCAAAGAAGGCGAAAUGUCGGUUAUUGUAGACUGGUGGCGCGAUCUCAUAUACAAUAGAAAUGAUCCAAGGACAAAGGACUGGUUUCUGGCAACUGGACCAGGGCCUAUAAUAAUGAUAGUUGUGACUUAUAUAUACUUUAGUGUAUCUGCGGGACCGAGGUACAUGAGGGAUAAAAAGCCUUACACAUUGAGGAACACUUUAAUUGUCUACAAUUUUAUUCAAGUCCUCCUCAGCAUCUACCUCGUCCAUGAAGGUCUCAUGGCUGGCUGGUGGAAUGAUUACAGCUUUGGUUGUCAACCAGUUGAUUAUUCUAACAAUCCAAAGGCUUUGAGGAUGGCAAGAGGAGUCUACGCAUACUUCAUCUGUAAACUAAUAGAACUUCUGGACACAGUCUUCUUUGUAUUUCGGAAGAAACACCGUCAAAUUUCCUUCCUCCACGUCUACCAUCACGCCAUGAUGCCAGUAUGCGCUUGGAUUGGUGUCCGAUAUGUACCAGGAGGUCACCCCACUCUUCUCGGAGUCAUCAAUUCCUUCAUCCAUGUCAUCAUGUACACGUAUUACAUGCUCUCAGCCUUUGGUCCCGAUGUUCAAAAAUAUCUUUGGUGGAAAAAAUAUCUAACUUCACUUCAAUUAAUCCAGUUUUCCAUAAUCCUCGUUCACAAUGCACAAAUUAUUUUCUCAGACUGCAACUUCCCAAAACCUCUUGCCGUCCUCCUGACCAUUAAUGCCAUUCUCUUCAUCUACCUCUUUGGCUCUUUCUACAUUAGGAACUAUACAAAAAAAUCGAGAAUGGAAAAGAAGGAAACCACUUCUAAUGGCACUAGUAAGAUUAAUGGAGUUUUGAAAAACAAGUCCAAAUAAGAAAAAUUUACAUAAUUUAAAUCGAGAUAAAGAAAUAAAUGUGGAUCAAGAUAAGAUGAUGAAGGCCAGAAUAAUGAAGAUGAAACUGUGAUCGAGUUUUCUGUGUUGAGCGGAGACGGCAAAACUGCUUACUAUUUUCGUCGGAUUUUUUUCACGACAAGUCGGCUUGGGCUACAAUUGAUAAGAAGGAGCUGGGCCUUAUCGACCAUCGAUUUGCUCGUACCAGAAUCGAUCUCAUAUCAGCCGAUCUUUACCGAUGGAGCUGAUAAUUAUUUAUGUAUUUAGACAAGAAUUUCUGGAAAUAUUCCACGAGAAAUAGACCCUUAUAAAACUAAAAAAUGGAGCGAAAGAAACUUAUUGGCAAAAAUAUGUAUGAGAAAAGGAAUUAGUUAAAGAAGUGAAAAAAAAAA